GUUGCGACGCUUUCGGUACCAGGGUCCCCAAACCCAAACUCUCUCUCUCUCUCUCUCUCUCUCUCUCUAUCUGAGUCUCUCAGCCCCUCCACGCUAUCAAAAGCUCACGAUCUAGUUUAAUUAAAAUAAGCCUUUUUCUUAUGAAAACCUAGAUCAGAGGGGAGAAAGAGAGAGAGUGACUCACCCUUAGCAUGAGAAAGGACCGGACGGAAAUGUCCGAAGAUGACGAUCGCUCCCCGCCGUUGGAUCUUCGAGGAGCGGACAUAGCUGAGUCGUCCAGCAAGACCCGGAACUGCAGUGGAGUGACCGGCUCGGUGGCGGGGCCAGGGCCAGGGCCGAGUUCCAUGGACUUUCAGGCACCGUACCCGGACCAGGUGCUGGAGAACGUGCUGGAAAACGUGCUCCAGUUCCUGAGCACACGGCGGGACCGAAACGCUGCGUCAUUGGUGUGCAAGUCGUGGUGCCGCGUGGAGGCGCUGACCCGAUCCGAGCUCUUCAUCGGGAACUGCUACUCGGUGUCGCCUCGGCGGGCCACGGCCCGGUUCGCGCGGGUACAGGCUGUGGCCAUCAAGGGCCGGCCCAGGUUCGCCGACUUCAACCUGAUGCCGCCGAACUGGGGGGCUUUCUUCGCGCCCUGGGUGCUCGCCAUGGCCACCGCCUACCCCUGGCUUGAGAAGGUGUACCUGAAGCGCAUGUCCGUCUCCAACGACGAUCUGACCCUCCUAGCCGAUUCCUUCCCGUCCUUCAAAGAGCUCGUCCUUGUUUGUUGUGACGGCUUCGGCACCGGCGGCCUCGCCGUCGUCGCCAGCAAGUGCAGACUUCUGAGAGUGCUUGAUCUGAUCGAAUCUGAGCUUUCGGAUGAGGAUGUGGAUUGGAUAGCUUGUUUUCCGGAGAGCGGAACGAGCUGUCUGGAGUCGCUGAUUUUCGAUUGCGUAGAACGCCCAAUAAAUUUCGAGGCAUUGGAGAGGCUGGUGAUUAGGUCCCCCUCCUUGAAGAAGCUUAGAUUGAACCGCUUUGUUUCAAUUGGGCAGCUGUACCGCCUGAUGGUUCGAGCUCCGCAGCUCACACACAUUGGAACCGGCGCGUUUAGUGCACCAGAGGGCGUAGCUCUGGGUGAUCUAGAGCCCGACUAUACCGCUGCCUUUGCUGCUUGCAAAUCGUUAGUUUGUCUCUCGGGCUUCAGGGAAAUCUUGGCGGAUUACUUACCGGCCAUCCACCCUGUGUGUGCUAAUCUCACCUCCCUGAAUUUCAGCUAUGCGAAUAUUAACGCAGAACAGCUCAAAUCAGUGAUUCUUCACUGCCACAAGCUCCAGACUUUCUGGGUCCUUGAUUCAAUAUGCGAUGAAGGACUUCAAGCUGUGGCUGCAACUUGCAAGGACCUGCGCGAGCUUCGGGUUUUCCCUAUCGAUGCUCAGGAGGAUAUUGAGGGCCCUGUUUCUGAAGUGGGCCUCGAAGCAAUCUCCGAGGGUUGUAGGAAACUGCAAUCGAUUUUGUAUUUCUGCCAGCACAUGACAAAUGCGGCUGUGAAAACCAUGUCGAACAACUGCCCGGAUCUUGAGGUGUUCCGCCUCUGUAUAAUGGGUCGACACCGCCCUGACCAUUUGACUGAUGAGCCCAUGGAUGAAGGUUUUGGAGCCAUUGUUAUGAACUGUAAGAAGCUCACUCGGCUCGCAGUUUCUGGUUUACUGACUGAUCGUGCUUUCAAUUACAUUGGAAAAUAUGGGAAGUUGGUUCGGACUCUGUCAGUUGCAUUUGCUGGAGAUAGUGACAUGGGGCUUAAAUACGUGCUUGAGGGCUGUCCUAGACUGCAAAAGCUUGAGAUCAGGGAUAGCCCAUUUGGGGAUGCAGCUUUGCUUUCUGGUUUACAUCACUAUUACAACAUGAGAUUCCUGUGGAUGUCCUCGUGUAGCUUAUCUCCCCCAGGUUGUCAAGAGAUUGCCCGAGCAUUGCCCCGGCUGGUGGUUGAAGUGAUCAGUAAUGAAACUGACAAGCUGAAUGGGGAUGACACUGUUGACAUAUUAUACAUGUAUCGAUCUCUUGAAGGUCCAAGAGAAGAUGCCCCGGGAUUUGUGACCAUCUUGCAGUAAAAGAAGCUGAUUUGGCUGUUUGGUGGCUACUGAGCAAGUUGAGAGCAUUUUUGGGGGGAAAAAAUUGAAGACAGCGGGUGGCUUUUAUACAACCCGCAAGGAUGUCCAUGCAAUCCGUGUCUGUCAAACAAAGAUGAACGAACAACUCCUGUUCCUGGCUUGAGCAGUUGCAAAAGCAUCCAAAGCAGAGGCAAGGUAUUGGACCGUCCAGUAUUGUUCUAUUGGUAGCGCUUCUAAAUUUUAAGUUUCUUUUGCUUUCCUAUUCAUUUUAUCAUAAACCAAGGCUGCCAGAAGAGGAGAAGGGGGAGCGGUUGUGAAGCUGCACUGAGAGAGACUAUAAUAUGAGUGUAACCUGGAUCAUAUCAUUUAUCCUUUGGUUAAGAGAUGGAGAUGGAUCUUGAAGAAUUGGAGGUUCAGAAAGGUGAAAUUUCGAUUUUCUCUUCCAUGCCACCACCAGUAGAGAAGCAGGAGCUAGUGUUCACUAUUGGAAAAACUUAAAAUCUGUUUAUUUUGAUUCAAAUGGUAGUUAGUUUAAGCUGUAGCUGCUGAGAACUAAAUGCCCAGGUUAUUGCAUCUCUCUUUCUCUUUCUCUUUCUCUUUCGAAGUGUUUGUUUUUUCUUUUCAGUUGUGUUGUAGCACCUGACUGUUGAAUUUAUUAUUGUUAUUGUUAGCAAAUGUGAGAUGGGUAAUAAAUGCCAAAUAUGCAUGGACCAUAUGCCAUAUA